GUCGAGAACCCUUCUUCCCCAAUUCAAUCAUUUUGCCCUAAAUAUUCAACCUUGCUAAUAUUUGCAACUCCAAAUCUUCAAAUUUGUGUGAAUCUCAGCAAGAAUCCGUGAGCAAUCUACGAAUUCCUCACUCAAUCGAUCUGCCGAAAUGGCGGGCACCGGAAUCCACCCCUACCACCAGCAAUGGCCGCCAGUUCCCGCCCCUCCUCCGUCCGCCGCCGCGCCGCCGCCGCCUCCUCCCCACCCCCACCCGCACCCGCACCCGCACCAGCCGGCGCUUCCUAUGGACAACUCCGCCUCCCGCCCUUCUAACGACGAGGUGCGUACGAUAUUUAUUUCGGGUUUGCCGGAGGAUGUGAAGGAGAGGGAGCUGCAGAAUCUGCUGCGGUGGCUGCCGGGGUAUGAGGCGUCGCAGGUGAACUUCAAGGGCGAGCAUCCGAUGGGCUUCGCGCUGUUCGCCACCGGGCAGCACGCUAUUGCUGCCAAGGAUGCACUUCAGGAUAUGGUGUUUGAUGCGGAGUCGAAGUCUCUCUUGCACACUGAGAUGGCAAAGAAGAAUCUAUUUGUGAAGAGGGGGAUAGUUGCUGAUUCCAGUGCUUAUGACCAGAGUAAACGCAUGCGAAUAGGUGGCGAUUAUACACACACUGCUUAUUCAACAUCUCCUUUUCAUCCUCCCCCACCAGCUGUUUGGGGACCACAUGGGUAUAUGUCCCCAGCUCCACCACAUUACGAUCCAUAUGCAGGUUAUGCUGUUCCUCCCGUGCCAAUGCCUGCUCCAGCUCCUGUACCUGCACCUAGCAGUUAUGUACCUGUCCAGAAUAACAAAGAUAACCCUCCUUGUAACACCCUUUUCAUUGGCAAUCUGGGUGAGAAUAUCAAUGAAGAUGAGCUCCGGGGCCUCUUUAGCGUCCAACCUGGUUAUAAGCAGAUGAAAGUAUUGCGACAGGAAAGGCAUACUGUGUGCUUCAUCGAAUUUGAAGAUGUAAACAGUGCGACCAACGUGCACCACACCUUGCAGGGUGCUGUUAUACCCAGUUCCGGUGCUGUUGGAAUGCGUAUUCAAUAUUCGAAAAAUCCGUUCGGGAGAAGGAAGGACUCAGUCUACCAAACUCCUCCCCAAAAUGUGAAUGGAGUUCCUCCUGCAAUCAACUACCAGUAGCUUGAAGGGGAUGUAUCUCAUUCCUUAAGCCCCGACAACUGCAAGCACUGUUUGAUAGGAUGCAUCAUGCAGCUGUUGCACGCAUCCCAUUCAUCAUCUCAUCAACAUCAGCAUCCCUUCACUUAUAUACAUAUCUAUAUAUAUAUAUGUGAAUGCACUCUGUGGAAAACAUUUUGUCGAUCCAUUUAGAAUCUAGAUACAUGUGUUUUAUGUUGCUCUAUUUAAUUAGAACUCUCAAAUUUGUACUUUUUAUACUCUACAUACAUAUGCAAGUAUAAAUGCAACUAAUUUAGUAA